AUGUUAAUUGAGUACCUCUUUGAGAAGUUCCCUGAUACUGAUCUUGCGGGUGAGAUAUCCAUUGAUGAUCUACAGUCCUGUUACAAAGAAUCAAAACAAAAAUUUGAUGUGGAUCCAGUCUUUAAGAAAAAGGCACAACUAGCCGUGGUCCGUAUACAGGGUGAAGAUCCUGUUUACUGCAAAACGUGGGCUAAGAUUUGUGAAACCAGUCGAACCGAAUGUGCCACGGUUUAUCAACGCCUUCAGAUUGAGCUUGUAAGAAAAGAAAGCUUUUACAAACCUUAUAUACCUAGCAUGAUUGAGGAAUUGAGUGACAAAGGGUUGGUUGAAGAGAGUAAGGGAGCUCGUGUGAUUAAAACCAAGGGAGACUCUAACACACUCAUACUUGUAAAGAGUGAUGGUGCUUACACCUAUGCUACAACAGAUAUGGCUGGUCUUUGGUACCGGCUCAAUGAAGAGAAAGUUGAGUGGAUUAUUUAUGUUACAGAUGUUGGUCAGGCAAAGCACUUUGAAACUUUCUUCAAAGUAGUCAAUGGAGAAGAUGGCAAGAAAUUUAAAACCCGGGAGAGUAAAACAGUCCCACUAACUGACUUGCUAGAUGAGGCCAUGACUCGAAGUAAAGCUUCCAUUACUAAGCGUGCUGAAGAGGCUAGAGACGCUAAGGAAUGGACACCAGAGGAGAUAGACAAAACAGCUGAGGGACAUCCCAGGAUUAGCUCCUCCACAGCAUUCGAGGAAGUUUAG